AUGAACAGGAGGAAGAAAGGUGAGAGAGAAGAGGAGGAAAGAACAAAAGUACAAAAGAUCAUCGAAGGAAAUAGUGAGCUCUUCACGGACACUCACUGCAAAGUGUGUAAUGCUGUGCUGAUAUCAGAGUCCCAGAGACUAGCACAUUACCAGAGCAAGAAACAUGCUAAUAAAGUACGUCGCUAUGAGGAGCUCCAUCAAGAUGGUGAACCAGUUGCCAAAAUAAUAAAAAAGGAUUCCACUGACAGUAGCAAUGGAGAAGUGGAUCGGAAUAAGUAUUGUCCUCUAUGUAAUAUGACUUUUACGUCACCAGUUGUUGCCCAAUCCCAUUACCAGGGAAAAAACCAUGCAAAAACUCUGAAAUUGAAGCAGAAGCAAGAUGAAACAACCCCAGCAUCCUCUGGUAAGUGAUCUUGAGUAUAUUGUAAAGGCUGGAUACUUAAGAUUGAGCGCAUGAUUUUUAGAUGUCAAGAUGUAUAAGCUGGUUUUCAGCAAUCUGUCAAUUUGCAUUGAAAAUGACCACAAGAACUUUCCCGUAAUAUGGUGGGGAAUGUUUUAAAAAAAAAUGUAGACUGCUUGAU